CGCGCAUAUAAACCAACCAUAUCCUGCAUGCCACGUUGAAGAAAUGUCCUCUCAUACUGCAGACUCCAUCUCCUCGACAAAACCCAUUCUAUCGAGCAACUGGAAGAAUCCAGCAAAGAUGAACGACCCAAAUGGAAAGGCUCCCAUGCCAGGUGCAAGCAACGGAACAUCAAGUGUCAACGAGCCCAUUAUUAAGGUUCAGCCCCCGCGACGAGAAGAUCUUCAGCCCAGCUAUGCCCGUGUUAUCCAGCCUGAUGAUGCGGAUGCGGAUACAAACGGAUGGUAUGGCGGCAUGAUCAACACCCUCGGCACCUUAAUCGGCACCUGCGGCGCAAUCCCCUGCUGCGUCGUGUGCCCCAAUCCCUACAAACCCGUCAACCAAGGCAAUGUCGGGCUCGUCACAAAAUUCGGACGCUUCGCCCGCGCCGUCGACCCGGGUCUCGUCUACGUGAACCCGCUGUCCGAGCACCUCGUGCAAGUCGACAUCAAGAUCCAGAUUGUCGAGGUCCCAAAACAAGUCUGCAUGACCAAAGACAAUGUUUCGCUGCAGCUUACGUCGGUGAUUUACUAUCGUAUCACCUCGCCGCAUAAGGCGGCGUUCAGUAUUAGUAAUAUUCGCCAGGCGCUUGUGGAGCGUACGCAGACGACGCUGAGGCAUGUGGUGGGUGCGCGGGUGCUGCAGGAUGUGAUUGAGCGGCGCGAGGAGAUUGCGCAGUCGAUCCGCGAGAUUAUCGAAGAGACGGCGCUGGGCUGGGGUGUCGAAGUCGAGUCGAUGCUUGUCAAGGAUAUUAUCUUUAGUCAGGAUUUGCAGGAUUCGUUGUCCAUGGCCGCACAGAGUAAGAGGACGGGUGAGGCCAAGGUUAUUGCUGCGAGGGCGGAGGUUGAGGCGGCGAAGUUGAUGAGGCAGGCGGCUGACAUCCUUUCUUCCGCCCCUGCUAUGCAAAUCCGCUACCUCGAGGCUAUGCAAUCCAUGGCCAAGUCUGCAAACUCCAAGGUCAUCUUCCUCCCAGCUCAGAACCAAACGGUGCAGAAUGCACUUGCACAGGCUGAAGCCGCGGGCCAGGGUCCUAGUGCCCAUGGGUUCCAAUCUUCUGCGGCUCAGGAGUACGGAAGUAAUGACCAGGGGUUCCAGAGCGCUAUUAAUGCUCAUGUGGUGGAGAACAUGUAGAACGGUACCAUGGUUAUGACUUUCUUCUUUUUGGAUUCCUGGUUUACUGGCAGGUCUUGUUGAUACCCUACUCCCCCCCCCUCGCCUUCUAUAAUCCCACUCGCUUGUAAUGUAUGGUAGAAGUAGUUUUCUUUGGCUAGGAAUUAUACGUAGAAUGGUAAUGAUAUGAUAUGAUAACAUACCAGGUUAAGACAUUGAACUACUUUUUCUCUUUUUUAUUUUCAAGCGUAUCCAGAGUCCUGAUAUAGCAUAGAGACAAAUCUCCACUCACUCAGCACCAAA